UACCGGUGAGUGUCCUACAUUGUGAUAACAUGAGCACCGCGCAGUGACAAGCAAAGAUAGCGAAAGUGUGUUAAAUGGGCAGCUUCGCCUUUCCCUACUUUCAUAAUUACCCGCCUUACUUCACGCUGCAGCCGGUGAAGGAGACCAGGGACAAACAAGUUGCGCUGUGGUGCUCGUUAGUAUUGCAAUACUGCCAGCACACAAAGACGUUUGUGCUUGACGUGCAAGGCGACUCGCCCCUGUUCGUCAAUAAGGUCAUCAACCGCAAGUUGAACCAGGAGGCACGCGUGGCGAUACUAGACGAGCUUGCGACGCAAGGGCGUGCGGAAUGGAUGGACAAGGGCAAAACGAGGUGCCUGGUGUACUGGAGACGGGUGGAUGAGUGGGCGGGGGCUGUGACGGAGUUCGUCCGCACCUUCGGCCUGUCUGACUCGGUCAUGACGGUGGACGAGCUGAGCAGCGGAGACGAUGUGCGCGGCACAGACCUCUACGGUGUGCACCCAGAGAUACUGACGCGAGCGCUAAAGCUGCUAGAGGCGCAGGGCAAAGUCAGGACGUUCAAGGGAGCAACGCCAGAGGAACUCGGUGUCAAGUUCAUUUAAUAUCACGGCGAUACGGCGGCGCGCAACGUCUUGCGGGACAUGCCCGACCGCGCCGGGAAUGGUGGUUGGAGGCUUACGCUACUGAAUGCACAGGUUGCUUGAAUUGAGUUACAAAGGAGUGCUUGUGGUUGUGUCGGCAGCACACGGGCAGUCAGUUCACGAGCUCGGAAGCAUUCGAGCCUCCAAGGAGGGACGGCAGCGCAGGGCGACCGGUUAGGGCGGGUGCAAGGGUGCGGUGGCACGGGGCAGUGCGCCAACUGGCUAGGCCCGGGUGCCGAGUUGAAGGUAGUGAUGUGACUAAUAUAUACUAGUGUUAAUCAUGGACCGGUUCGGCUGGGGCCAUGAGGGCGGGGUUGGGCGAACAUUGACCUGCAAGGUUCAUGCACGGCCAAUGUUC